UUAAGUAAAACGUACCCUUGCGAGAUCGUUUCAGAUCCGUCGAGAUUAUUCCGGAUUAUUUGGCUAUUUUAUAUUUGUUGGUUAGCGCGUUUCUGGCUAGCAUUUCUGACUAGCAUUUACUCUGUAGCGAAGUUUGCUGGCGAGUUGCGAUUGCGUAUUGUAUCGGAUUACCUUUGGUUUCUUGCAAGCGUACAGUAAAGAUUUCUGUGAAGUGCGAAUUAAGCUCCCGCAUUACAAUGUCCGAACCAUCGGUUGCCGACUCAUUUUGUUUUACAGCAGCUGAGUACCGCUUUAAAGAAAAAAACGGUCGUACAUAUUAUUUUAAAAAGAAGGAAAAGCGAGCUGUGGACGACUGGAUUAUGGCCUUUGUACUGAUGCCGGUAGCAGAAGUCGAAGGAAAAACAACGGAAUCAGGAACGCUUUUUGAACUGAAAGAUGGCAGUUGCCCAAGGAGGGUGUACAUUCGCAGCAAGUCUUGGAAUAAUUUCAAAGAUUUUUCCUCUGAUUUGCAACUCAAAGGCGGCUCGUCCGCAUUUUCCAACAUGAGCAACAAGGUUCUAGCCAAGUUAGGCGAAUGGUACCAUCAACGCUACACUGAGAUGUGCGAAGAAGCACACAUUCCGUUGAAGCGGAAGGCAGUUUCGCACCUAGGCUUGCAAGCCGAUGGUGUAACUGUAGUGUUCGGCCCAGAUACCAUUUUCAUCCCUUGUGAAAACGACAUGGUGUUAGCCGAUGUCGAUAAAUGUGUGUAUGUCUGGACUCCAUUGUCUUCUGUGUUGAUCCCGCGCACUGUGGAGAUUUAUCAUGGAAAAAAAAAGUCCAAAUUGUUUACCAUUAUAAAACAACACCUGCCCAUGGAUGUCUAUUACACAUUCAUACUGAUGUGCGCCCAUUCCUGGAUCAGUAUGUUUUACGAAGUGCUUAUUAAACACUUCAAAGGACUUCCAAGUUUAAUCGUCGUUGGACUUCCGGACACUUGGAAAACGCUACUUUUGAAUUUGAGCGUCUCAUUCUUUGGUAGUAAUAUGGAGGACAUUUGCAAUUUAGGCGAAAUUACGGAUUCCGCAGGUCUUGAUCGCUGGACAAAGCUGCACCUCCCACUGCUGAUCCACGAUAACCCAUUUCCUAAGCUAAUGCCACGGAUAUUUGGCUGUGUGUACGAAAGAAAACUCUAUCUCAACUUCGUAACAAAAAUAAUGGCGGAGUGCACCCGAGCUCGUCUUGUGCGUUGACCAUGAAUUCUGACGGCUUGCAUGACAUCGCUGCCGCAACAAACGACAAGAUGCGAACGUUUAGCCGGGUAGCAAUCCUGACCAUGGAAGAUGAGUUAAUGAAUAUUGACAACAAUGUAUUCGCGCUUUUGGAAAAAGCCCAGCAAAGAGCUUCUAAAGGAGUACGAAAAUUGCUAACCUUUGGCGAAGACGGUUGUAGCGAACUGACUGGUGCGGUCAACGACAAGUACAAAAUCAUUAAGAAAGAGAUCUUAUCAUUGGGAAUGGUCACCUGCACCCACAGAACUGCAACUUUAUACUCGAUUCUUUCGUCUGUUGGAGACUUGGUACAGUCAGUUUGCUGCUCUGUUCGCACAUUUUGUAAUUUUUGAUUAGAUACUAAGGUGUCAUAUUACAUUAUC